GGCAGUCGUGCCCUUGAUACGGCCGCGACCGCGGGUUUUAAUCAGCUGCUGCUGCUGGAGAGGAGAAAAUAAUACUAUAAUACCUAUUGCGCGUUCGUAGCUGCUCGUUCAUAACCUAUAAGUUCGUCCGUCCGGUCUUGUCACGUCGUUAGAAAAAAAUAAAAUAAAAUAAAACCCCAGUUGUUCCGUGUCGCCGUGUCGGUCGUGUGUCGGUUACGCGCGGUAUCGUUCGUUAUAUAGUCGGCGGCGGCGCGAACAUUAAUAAUAAUUGUCGUUGAAGGGCAUGUUUUUGGGCGCACUGAGUCGUUCCGCGGCCGGAUCGCCUCUGUAAUCCGAUAAUUUAGUACUCGCGCGAACUGCAAAGUGUAAUGAACGGUCGAAAAAGUUGAACGGUUCGGUAAUAUUUUACUAUUAUUUUUUUUUUUUUUUUUUUUUCAUUGUAGCGGCUGUAGCGGGCAGCCGAGCCGUUCGGUGGCCCUUCGUUAUUUACUCUCCGUACCGCGGGCCACGAUCCGCGUCCUCAUCGCGAUUUUCCCAUAAUAAUUUCUCGUUAAUAUUUAUCAAUUAUUAUUACCUACUAAGUACCCUACCUGUUCGCGAUUUAAUUUAUAAUAUUAUAUUAUUGUUUUGCGGGCGCGUUGACGUUAUGGCCGUUUCCGUACAUCAUAAUCAAAUUUUCGCACGGUAACCGGCUGACAAAAGACGGAAUAAAAAAAAAAAAAAAAAAAAAAAAAAAAAAAACUAAAAAACUAAAAAACUAACGGCAAGGUUGGGUAGUAAAAUACGGAAAAAUACGGAAAAUAAAUGACCGGUUGUGGCGACAACGCACGUGCACGUUAUCAUCAAAGAUAAAAAAAAAUCCAUCUCGUCCCUCCUUUUUUUUUGUUUUUUUGCUUAAUAAGCAAUGAUAACGCCUGUUAUUGAUAAAAUACAAUACAUAUUAACACUAAUAAUUAGUAAUUAGUCGAGUUUUUACUGGUCAAACGUAACGUAUAGAGUUGUUGUUGAGCACGUAGCGCAAUGGAAUUUGCGUUCAGUUUCGUUUAUAGUAAUAAUAUUUCAUCGUUUUCGCGAUUACGGUGUUUACUGUUCUGUUUCAAUAGAAUCGAAAUCGCUUACGGAUUAAUAUUAUAAUAUAGAGGUGCACAUUAUUAAUACAAUUAUACACUACCUACCUACGUUUUUAUUCGGAAAAUCAUCGUGUAACACCGAACACCUGGGAAGUGCUGUUUUAUUCAUCGGAACCUGCGCCAUACAUUUAUAUUAAAAAAAAAAAAAACCUUAAUGAUCUUUAUAUGUAUAUUGGCCAUUUAUAGGUAGGUAGGUAGGUAGAUAUUAUUGUAUUUUACACUAAUAAACAUAUUAAGUAAUCGCGAUAGGUAGGUACUUACCUACUUUAAUUGGAAUUGUGACUGGUUUUUUUUCGUAUACAAAAUUCUUGGCAACCGAAUUUAUGAUUGUAUUCUACUUGUAUUUAUUGUUUUUUAAAUCCGAUUUUACAGAUGCGUGUUUAUGUUAUUUUGCAUACGACUAUUUAAUCGCCUGGACCGUAAUUAAAUAUAGGUACCUACCUAUAAUACUUGUAAGACUACACGACUCUCCGUGAAGGGUGAUAUCAACAUUUUGAGAACCCGCUGUAAUCAAUCGCUUCAAGAGCAUUACUAACUUCACGCGCAUGGCACAUAACGUCGUCCUCGGGGUAACAGUAUUCAAGUUACUUCACUUUCACUAAAUUGUGUUUCUGGAGCAAUUCGGCUGUUCGCCCUAUUAAUAAUAAAUAUAAUAAUUAUUUAUUAAUUUAUUAUUAAUUGAUUUAUUAUGAAUUUUGAUGAAUAUGAGACUAUACCAUCGUCCAAUGUGACUGAUCACAUGAUGGCUGGCGCAAUUGCAGGAAUUAUGGAACAUUGUGUUAUGUACCCUUUGGACUCAGUAAAAGUAAGUGUAUUGUGUGUUAUGUAUGUAUAUGUAUAUUUUUUUUUAGAAAGCAAUAACCUACCUACAUAAUUCUAUGAACUUUAAUGACGAAAAUUAAGUAGGUUUUUUAUAAAAUAUCUGUGCUUACAUAGCUAUUGGGUAAAUAUUAUUUUUUCCGAUAAAUCCCAUUAAAUUAAUGGAUAAUUGGGUAUAGGGAAUGAAAUACUUAAUGCAAAAUUGAGUUACUUAGUUCAUAUAAUAUACCUAGGUACCUAAAUUAGGUAUUUAAAUUUUUAAUUACCUAUUUCUAGUUUAAUUUUUUCUGUUAUGCAUUUAAGUCAUUAAUUAGUAAUCUAAGAAUUUGUAUGUAAAAUCAUUUCACACAUUUGUUUUUAAUUAAUUUUCUAGUACUUAAACAAGUAAAAAUAAAUUCCGCUUGAUCAUUUAAUAAAAACUUACGUACUUGAUAACAAAAAUAAUGAUUGUUUUCUUUACCUACAUAAGUUAUUUUUAUUUAUUGAUUUGUAAAAAAUUGAAUUCUGUUUUAGACUCGGAUGCAGGCAUUCAUGCCAUCUGGAAACGUGUCUAACCGAGGAAUUAGCACUGUCCUCUUCAAUAUGAUAAAACAUGAGGGAUAUUUAAGACCAAUGCGUGGCAUGGGAACAGUUGUUAUAGGUGCUGGUCCUGCUCAUGCUCUCUAUUUUGCAUCAUAUGAACAUUUAAAGCAAAAAAUUUCUCAACAAACAUCUUUAAAUACUACAGUCUCUUCAGGUAUUGCUGGUUGUGUUUCAACAAUUAUACACGAUGCAAUUAUGACACCAACAGAUGGUAAAUAUUAUUAUAAAUAUAGUUUUUUGAUUAAAUUUGUAAUAAUUCAAACAAAUUGCAUUUUUAGUUAUCAAACAACGUUUACAAAUCUCAAACUCUCCUUAUAAUGGUAUUCUAAACUGUAUGAGUUCAAUAUGGCGAAGUGAAGGAUUAGGAGCAUUCUAUCGUUCAUAUAUUGUGCAAUUAUUUAUGAACGUACCAUUUCAAGCUGUUCAUUUUAUGACUUAUGAAUAUUGUCAACAAUUCUUGAAUCCAGAUAGGAUAUAUAAUCCAUUAUAUCACAUGCUAUCAGGAGGUGUUGCCGGUGGACUUGCUUCAGCCAUAACAACACCGUUAGAUGUAUGCAAGACUCUUUUAAACACUCAAACCACAAACGUAAGUGUGUAGUCUAAUUUGUCCUUAUUAGAUAUUUUUUCUUAAUGCUAAUAAGUAUUAUAUUGUAAUUUGUAUAACCUUAACUGCUAGGUCAAUAAUCAGGCCAAACAUAACUUAUGUUAAUGUAUGAUACCAUAUUAUCCAUUAGCUAUGUAAUUAUUAAUAAAAAUUAAUAUUUCAGUACCUAUUAAUUGACAUAUAAAAUUUCAAUUUUAACUGAAAUUUAAUUAGUUUAUGUUUUAUGAGUUUCAUCUUUAAUAGGUUAGUAUUAUGCGGUGGUAAAAUUGAAUAAGUACCUAUGCAAAUAUUCUAAUUAAGUGUAAAUUAAUAUUAUGCCUUGUUUUUUAGAAAUAAAUUAAUGUAUUCAUUAAAUGAAUAAUAAUGUUAUUGCUAAUGUCAUACUUACUGUUUGUAUGUAUUUAUUUUACUGUAAAGUAUGCAAUCAAUUUUAAUUUAAUCAAUCAAUGAUCAAUAAAUAAUAAAAAUAAUAACUAUUUUAAAAUAUUCAAUUAUGAUAUAAAUUGUACAUUUUUUUUACUUAUAUAUUUUAGUAGAACAAAAUAUUCACUUAGUGUUGAGAUAUUAUCUAUUUUUGUUACAUUUUCAAGGUUAAAUUUCUAUUGUUGGUUGUUAUUGAUUUAUUUAUACCAAUUGCCAUCAUUUUAUUUUAUUUUCACACAAAUAUAGUUUCUUUAUUUAAAAAUUAUGUAUAUAUAUAUAUAUGAAUUGGUUUUAAUUUGUACAUCCAUGCAAUAUUAAAGAUUUAAAUUAAUGAUGAUUUACUUUUAAUGACAAGUAAAAUUAUUGUAUGUUACCUUAUAUUUAUAAUAGUUAUUUAUUCAUUGUGUGCUAUUCGAGUUAUUUAAAAACAGCAAGAUUCAUUAAUGUAAUCUUAAAAUAGUUUAAUUUAGAUACAAUGUAAAUAUAGAUGUAUUUAAAUUUUGUUAUUCUAUUGAUUUUUCAUUAUAAAUAAAAUAUUUAUAUUAUAUCACAUUUACAUAGUGCAUUCAGACUUCACAAAUUUGAUAUUAUACAUAAGACAUUUUUAGGUUCAUGUAAUACACACAAAUUGUAAUAAUUUCAUUCAUAUUUAUACAAGUUUUAUAUUAUUGGUGUUUUGUUAAAAUGUACCACUAAAAAUUGAAAAAAUAAGUUUUUGUAUCAAAAAAAUCAGAAAAAUUAGGAGCAUAAACUGGUAAAAGGGCAUAUUUAAAUAUAAAAAACUAAGUGGGUGAUGUUGACUAAAAGAUAUCGAAAGGACCCUUUUAAAAUAUAAUCUGCACUGAUUUGUUUAAAGGACAUACCACAUUCAUUGCAUGUACACUUUGAAUACAAGGUAUUAUGUGUAUGAGUGAUUUUAUUGUUUUCCAUGGUAAACAUCAUGAACAACAUGUUAAAAACUGUUUUGCAAAUAGCAAAACAGUUUUUUUGCUUUCUGAAAAAAGUAAAAUUUGAAACAAAAGACCUUCGAUAUAAUGGAUAGCAAUUUUUUUUAAAGUUUGAUUACAUAUGUAUGCGACAUUUAUAUUAUAUAUGUGAAUUGCAAAUUAGUAAAUUCAUUUUUUUAAGCAUAUUUUGUAAUCCAUUGUUAUCAUAUUUACUUGGUUUUUUUUGUGUUAAAAUGUAUUACACUGUUCUUUAUAAUAUUUGAAUGUUAUUAUUUUGAUUUUAGUUAAUUAUACAGUUUUUGUUCAUAUUUAUCUCAUGUUAAUCAAAUGUGCAAAUUUCACAACAUUGCGUUUUAAAUGUUUAAAUUUGAAAGAUUAUAUUUGUUUAUUAUAAACAAAUAGUUCUAUACGAACUGCUUCUUGUUAGUAUGUUAAAAGAAUUCUUUUUAUUUCUUAAAAUUAGAUCAGGGUCAGUUAAAUGAUUAGCACAUUAGUCGUACCAUAAUGGAGAGGGGAAUAUCUUUAGAAGUUUAAUCUAUAAUUUAUUUGAAUUAUUUUGUUGUUAUAAAUGAAGUUAGGAAUCAUGAAACAUAUUUGUUAAAUUAAGCCACAAUUUGUUUUAAAUUAAAGAUAGGUGUAAACAUUAAAAUAAAAUACUUAUCAUAUUUGUUUUAUUUAUUUAAUUCUGUAAAAUAAUAAAAAAAGUCUAUUUACAUUUAGAAAAAUGUUAUGAAGUGUAGCUAUUAUAGGUUAUUUUACAUUUAAACAAUAUAAAUAGUGAGUACUUUAAUAAACAGAAUAAUAUUUAUUAGUUGUAUGAUUAAAUUAAUUUAAUUUAAAUUUUUGUAAUAGUUUUUGAAUUAAAGUUCUUCAUAUGCUCAUAUAUAUUAUAGUUUCAAUAGAAAAUUAAAUACAACAGGCAAUUGGAGAGAUUAUUUUUAAUUUUAACACCAUUAAUUAUAGUUAAAAAAAUUAUAAUAAACUAAAAAAAAAUUUAUUUUUAAGAUUAAAAUAUAUUUUAAGUUAAAAAGCCUAACUUUACUUUAGAGACUUGCAAUUUCUAUUAUUUAUUUAUUUUUUAGUAGGUACUUAACUAUUUAUAAAUUGUAUAUGUUUUAAUAAAACUAAUACAUUACUAAUAGUACAAAAUAGUACAUUUAAUUGGGCAUAAGAUUAAUAAUAAAUAAAACUACUGAAAUGUCGUCCUUUUCAGUUUUUUCAAAGUUUUCAAUUUACAAUUAUAUUUUAUAAAACUUAAUCACUUAUUACUUAGUUAGAAAUCCUGAAACAUAUUCAUAACAUAUCCAUGUUAACUGUAUUCAAAAUUUUAUAUUUGCAUAUCAUAACAAUUAAGUUUAUUUCACAAUUUGUAGUGUAAUUUAAUAUUAUUUUAUUAAUAAUGCAAUAAAACAUAGUUAUAUAAAUAUAUAUAGAUAUAUACUAAGUUGUAUUUAUCAUGUAUAAGUUAUAAUUUUUGAACAAUUAAAUCUUAUUUAAAGGGCUGAGAAAAAUUUUACUGUUUCAUAAAGUUACUGUAUAUUGUUUAAUAUAACAAAGAGUUUUUUCAGUCUAUUUAGCCUUAUAAAAAAAAAAAAAAACCAUUAUAUUUGAAUAAUCAUAAAUCUGGUCCCCCCCCCUCCUGAUUUUUCAUGUUAGUAAACAUUUUAUGAAAUUUAAUAUUUAAGUAAAUUGUACUAUAUUUAUAUUAUUGCUAUUGACUCGUCUGGGAGAGAAAUGCUAAUGAAACAAUUGUAAACAUCAACACGUUGGUAUUGUUUAUCAAAUACAUUUGGUUAUAAUUUUUGAAGAAUUGUCUAAUUUUGUUUGUAUCAUUUUCAUCAUAAUACAUUGUUAGAAUUAUUAAAAUGUAAAACAAUUUGUUUAUGUGAUAAAAAAUACAGACAUAGAUAAAAACACUAAUGUUAUUACACUUAUCUUGUGGAACAUAGCAAAGUAUAGGUAUGUACACAGGAUUCUAUUAGGAUUAAUGGCAGUUGACUAAUAAAAUGGUAAAUUUGUACAUCAUAAUAACUUUCUGCAGUAUACUAUUUUAAAUGCACUAUUUUGCAAAUUAUUAUUUAUAGAAAUACUACUUUCUUAACAUAUUUAAUUGAUUGGAUUAUAACUUUAAAGAGAGAUAACCACUAGAUAUAUUUGGAGAAUUAGAGAUGUCCGCUAUUUGGAAUGGCAGACUAUAUUAUUAGCAUUAGUAUUAUACAUAAACAAUAUUUAAAAAAAAUGUCAACUGUUUUUAGACUUCAGGAAUACAAUUAUAUUUUAUUUUUGGACAAUCCAUAAAUAGUUUAAUAUUGAAAAAAGUUUAGUAAAUUAUAUUUUUAACAUUUAGUUUUAAAUGUUUUGGUUAAAAUAUAUGUUAUUAUAAAAUAAUAUUUACAUUUAUAAAUUAUUCUGAAUUAAAUUUGUAAAAUUAUUUUAUAGUUUUUAAAUUUAAAUUUAAUAAACAGUAUUAAUUUAUAAUUUCAUACCUAUGUUUAGGUUAUACAUAGUUUUCUAUAAAAAAAUAUAAAUCUUAUAGGUACUAAUACUACUGUAUUGAACUAUAUAGUCUGUAUGUAUUUUUAUACAAGAUUGAAAUUAAUAGCAUUUAGAUAAAUCUAUAGUUUUUUAUGUAAGUAACUAGAACAAAAAAGAAAUAUAUAAAUAAAUAAAUACAAUUAAUAUUUUAUAGCUAAAUAAUGAUUUACUAUAACUUUUAUUGAAUGUGUUAUUUUUAUAUCAUUAAGGAAUUUGUCAAACUGUAUCUGGCUGGUUAAAGUGAUCACAAGUAAAAUGGCAAAAUUAUAUUUACUUUAUAUUGGAUUCAUUUUACAUAUAUGUCAAAGACCUUCAAUUUGUUUUGGUAUGUGAUUUAGUAUUUGUGUUUUGUUAAAAUUAUGAUUCAGACUUUUAUGUAAAAAUCAAUAUUUUCUCAGUCUGACAUAUUUUCUUUUGUGGUAACGAAUUAUAAUUUCUUACGUUUAUUUCUUGAGUCGGUAAACAGAUUUCGAUUACACAUUGUAUUUAAAAAAGCAAUGUUUAUAAAUUCUGUUCUAGUAUCUACCUUCAACAUAUGUACUAGUUAGUGAGUCAUAAGUUAUAUGCGUUUAUUUCUUCAAUUUAGCUUGAUUUUGAAUCUUUAGAAUGAAAAUCUAAAAGUACCAUUCAUUUUUAUGAAAUAACCAUUUAACUGAUUAUUGUAUUUAUUUAUUAUAUGUUUUUUUUUCUUUUGUGUAUUAAUAAAUUACAUUUUCACCAGCUUAAAUAUGAUUAUUAAUUUGGCUAAUAUUUGUAGUACACAAUAUACUAGUAUAUGAAGUGUCAAUGUAUUGACUAUAUGUAAUGUUUUAGUAUGCUCAUGAAAAUUACAUGGGGGUUGAAACUUGAAGUUAUUUUAUACAGUUUUUGAAAGAAUAUUAUUUGUAAUAUAAUAAAUUUCUAAAAUGUCUAUUCUUAACCAUGCUUAAUGAAGGAUGAUGUAUUAAUUAAUUAUUAUUCAAUGAAUUCUUAUUUAAGAAUUGUAGUUUUUCUCACCUAUCAGUAUGUUAGCUAUUAGGUUUAAAAGUAACUUACAUAAUAAUCAUUAUAAGUUGUAGAUAAUCUGCUGUAAACUCAUAAUAUCUUACUAAAUCUUAUUAUUCAAUAGUUCUUAUAUUUUAAUUACUAAUUUUUAUUAUUAAAUUUUAAUAUGAUACAGAAAUAUUUCAUAAAUUCUUUAGUUAUUAUUUAUUGUUGUUUAUUCAUAAAAUAAUGUGUAUAUAAUAUUAAGUAUUAUUUAAUAUGUUAUUAAUAUACUUGUAUAUUAUUUUUAAUUUUAUUGGUAAGAAUUUUCUUUGUCUUAUUAAUUUUAAUUUAAUUAAUUAAUUUUUGCACCUAAUUAAUUAAUAUUGUCUAUUUAUAUUACUACCAUUAAAUAUAUUUUAUACAUUAUUCAAUUAUAAUUUAAUACAUUUUUAUAAUUUAUGUAAAACAUUUGUUUUAUUUAGUUAUAAUUACUCAGUUUAAAAUAGAUUAUACAUAAGUAAAUGUAUUCAAUUUUGAGAGGAGAUAUUUUGGCAUAAAAAUAUUACAGAAAUGAUUUAAUUAAAACAAAUUACCAACUAUUAGUUUGUUAGUUGCAUUUUGAAAAAUGUUCAUAAUAUAUAAUUUUUUUAUUAUUGAAAACAAGAUUAAAAAAAUUGAAUUCCAAAACUAAUACUCUAAAAAUGGUUUUUUAAUUAAAAUUGAAUAAAAUGUUUUUUAUAAUCUAAUAUCUAAUGUAAUCCUAUAAAUAAACAAAAGUAAUACAAAGAUCCAAUUUUUUAAAUUCAAAGUUCAGAAUAUUUAUAAUUUCUUCAGAUCAAAACAUGGAAAAAUGUUUUUUUAUUUUUGACAUUUCAAUUUUAUUUAAUGCAUAUUUUUGAUUUUAUUUUAUAAUAUCUUCUAUUAUAAUAUGCACUUUAUUGUAUAGAUAUGUAGAUAUAUUAUUUACUUAUUAAACGUAUUUGUUUUCAGAAAAAUGUGUAAAAGAUAAUAUAAAUAUGUAAAAUAAUAUUUUUAAUUUUCUAGGUAAGAGUUGAAGGUAUAUUUCGAGCAGUUACAACAAUAUACACACUUGGUGGGCCUAGAGGAUUUUUUAGAGGUAUGGUCGCCCGAGUUUUGUAUCAAAUGCCAUCGACUGCCAUAUCAUGGACUACAUAUGAAUUUUUCAAAUAUGUGCUUAUUAAAAAAGAACAAAUUUCCGAUGAUAGGCCAACACCACCUCCACCACCUCCUCCAUUAAGUUCAACAGUGUUGAAUGAAAAAAUAACAACAAAAACUAGUGUUCGAUGCGAUUUGCCCGUUGCUUCGAGGUCACGUAUAUAUAGUCAUUAUACAGUUAGAGAUGAUGGGUCUAAAGGUCCGCAAUUUUAGGUUAGUAUUGUGUUACCAAAUUAAAGCUAAGUGUCGGACAGCAUAGUUUAUUAUGUGUCUUAUAUAUUAAAUCUAUGAUCCGUCUGUAUUAGUUUGUUGACUUACCAUAGCCAUAAAAUAAAAAAAAUCACUCUAACCUGUCAUGUUUGGCAGGCAUACAGCAAGUAUAUUAUGUAAAUAUAUCUAUUUAUAUGAACUAUAUAUUAGACUCAAAUAAUUGUUUCCCCAAUUAAACUUUUAGUCCCAGGUAUUAAGUAUUAUUUUUUUACAAGCAAAAGCAAAAAUUCAGAAAUUAUAAAACUAUUACUUAGUAAAAUAUGAAAAAUUAUUUUGAAAAAUGUGUUCGCGGCAAAUUUUAUUAAAAGUUCAUACCCAUAUAUAUUAUAGUAUACGAUAUAUAUAUAUAUAUAUAUAUAUUAGGGUUUUUCAACAAUAUCUACAAUAUUAUUGAUAACCGAAAUUUAUUUUUGUACUGAAGUACAUUUUACUUACAUAAUGAUUUUGGGAUAAAAUCUACUUUGAGCAUACUAUAUUAUUAUCAUAAUAUUAAUAAAUCGCAUGUUAUUUUGCUGCUGCUAACAAAAUAUGACAAUAGAACCAAUUUCUUCGGUCGAGUUUUUUUUACGACAUUUUCGUGGUGGGGGUAAUCGAGGGAUUGAAUCACUAUCUGUUUUAGAGUAAUAACACCUAACACUAUAAUGUAAAAUUGGAAACUGCGUAAUCAUUAACGUGGUAUAAACAAUAAAAAAGUGACAACUGUAUGUAUUCCAUAUUAUACUUGGUCUUAUAAGGUUUAUGCCACGAAUUAAUAUAUAUAUAUAUGAUAUUGAACGAAUGUGUGAUAAGUGAAACUCGAACCUUCUCACUUUUGACGAGGCCACUAACACCAUCUAGUGUACUCUUAAUAUUUCUUAUAGAAUACAUACGCAAUUUAUUACAUACCCUACUCUUCCAGUCGUAAACUUUAAACUGGUUUUAGUUGAUUUUCAUACCAAUUUUAUCUUAAAGCGCUAUCUGUCAUGUCAAACAGUGAGAAGUGAGGCGGACUCAGAAAAACCUUUCCUAAGACCUUUCUGUUCGGUAUCCUACAUAAUAUCUAAUGUCGUGGUCUGUGCGUACGCUGCAUCUGCACGUAUUCUCGCUGCGUAUACUGUAUAGUUCAGAAAGACCAUUAACAUCGUUGCGGUUCAUAGAUACCCCCCAUUUGUGUAUUCUCCGUCAAAAAACUCGACCGCACCUCUAUCAACCAUCUGCCAUUACAUCGUCGGUCUAUUUUAUACACUAACUGUGCUCCCGGCGCUGAAAGAGCGUAAGUCGGCGGCGACCAAAACGCGUCGUAGUUCGCGCAUUUCCCACAAACGAUUGUUCUUGGCAGUCCAAUUCGCGGUAGAAAUUAGACCUCGACACUGCGGAGCUUUUUCAUUUGCACGCGUGGAUGAGUUGCGCUCUCUGAACGCCCGGAGUAUAGAAUACACCGUGUUUGCGCAUCGCGACUGAUCUAACCACCUGGUUUCCCCCCCACUAUGCGGCCACUAGUAGACCGGUUACUGUAGUAGAUGCGCGGAAACCAACAAAAAUUGGUCGGCAGCUGGGUGUAUUCUAAUCUGAGUUAGUUCAUAUUGUUUACUAAGCCAUUUUAGUAUCUGGUUAAAAAUAGCGCAGGAUAACAGAAAAAUAUUUAAUUUUCCCAGUGAUAUGUUGAAUACUCGGUGGUCAUCAUAAAUAAAAACGUCAACAAUAUCAUAAUAGUAUUGUUCAGUUUGGUUACGCAGUUGUACAUAUUGGAAACCAGUUAAUUUUAAUGACAAAGGCCUUAUAUUUUAGAACAAUUCUGUUUUCUCAUAAUAGGAAUAUCUAUGUACUGAUGCACAAUUUUUUUUGCCACAGUUAAAUAUCGUGGGAAACAAAUCAAUAUCGAUAUUAUAAAUAAAUAUUGUUGAGAAUCCCUAAUAUAUAUCUGCAUGUGAGCAGAUAUUUAUAUUAUAAACUAUCUACAGUUUUAGUUUAUUUCUUAUAGUACAAAAUGUGAAUGUUAUUACUUCACAUUUUUUUUCGAUGAACUCUGUUGUUAGUGAACAAAUUUAUAUGAUUAUCAUCAUUUAUAUUCAUUUAUGUUUGUUCUGUUGUAAACUCAACUCCUAUUUUUAAAAAAUAUUAUGAACUGUGUAUGAACCUAUAUGUAUAUUGUAACUAUCAAGCCAAAAGUGUGUCUUAUUGUUUAAUUUUUCCCAUAGAUUGAACUUGUGUCUAUGUUCAUUAAUUUCUUCUUUAAAAUGUUCAAGUGAGAUAAUCAGUAGCUUAGGAACCACUUGACAUUAAUUCUUGAUGAAAAUCAAAAUUGAAUAAAAUUAAAAUCAAUGUUUGCACAAAUUAAAAUUUUUAAAUCAUUUAGUCACUUUUGGCAUGAUAGUGAUGAUAUUUACUGUAUAUAACAUGCUUUUUAUAAUACUCGAAUAGAUAUAUUGUAUAUAUUUUUUAUUAUUUUUAUUAAUGUUUACAUCACAACUGUGUUUAAAAAUAUUUAUAUGCGGUAUAUUUAUUUGGUUUAUUUAAAGCAUAAAAAUAAUUACCAAUAAUUAUUAAAUACUCUGUUGAAAAUUUAUAGUUUUUGAAAAAAUAAGAAUACAGUUUUGUCCCUUUUUAAGAUGUUUCACAUUUUGGACAAUUGGACAGAAGACACGAGCAAAUUAAUAAAUGUUAUAACUAGAGACUUUUGUUAUGUUUUGUUUGAAGGAGACAAUUGUCAUAAACAUGACCCCAAAAAUUAGUUAUGAACAUAAUUUACAAUAUUUACAUAAAUAUUAUAGUUUUUCAUUUAGAAAAUACUAAUUUUAAUAUUAACUCAGUUGAUACUAUUUGUCAUUUUAAUUUAUUAUUUAUUUAAAAACAUAUUUUUCUGAAAACAGUAUAAUUAUUAACAUCUCGUUUUUAUAGAUUUUACAGUCCUAAGUCUCAAGGCGAACUUCGUCUAGUCUUCUAUUGUAUUUUUCGUAAAUAUUUAGCGUGUUUGUGUUUGUCAUGAUGUAUUAGUCGAAUUUGUAAUAUUAACUUCUUUCUAAUAUAAAAUUUGAAUAGUUAUUAAUUAGUUGUUUUACAGUGUUUAUAACAAUAUUGUUAAAGUCUUGUGUUUUACUAUCCAAGAAUAUUAUGUAUUGAUUAUAAGUACUUCAUUUUACAAUGCAAGACAUACCUGUCUUAAAAUUUAUAGACCUUUCUUGUAACGAGUAUAUAUAUUUUUUAAAUAUAAAAACAAAUUUAGGUGUGUAAAAAUGUUAAAAUGUCUUUUUGUCUGUGAUAUGUUCAUUUAUUAUUAUUAUUAUUAUUAUUAUUAUUAUUAUUAUUAUUAUUAUUAUUAUUACUAUUACUAUUAUUAUUACUUUUUGUUAUAUAAUAUGUUUUUGUUACUAUAACGAUGUUCACUUUGGAGGAAAGUAAUAUCAUUAUGUUAACGUUUGAUAUAAAUUUGAAAUAAUUUUAUUUUUAUAAAAAUUAAGAAUGCAAUGUGUAUGCGCUGUUACAAAUAACAAAUAGUAUUAUGAUCAAUAAAAAUUUAAAAGCUUUAAUGCAUAUUAAUAAAAUUAAAUUGUGACAAUGAUUAAGUGUUAAUUCAAUAUUUUUAUGUACACCACAAGGUUUUUAUUUUCAACCAAGUGGUUACUAUUUAUUUUUUAUUUGUACAAUACCUACUAUAUUUAUUAAUCAUAGAUGAUAAUAUAGUCACUGUUAAACAUUUAAGAACACCACUACUUUUCCAUGUAUACUUAGUAUAUGGCUCAUACAAAUGACAUUCAUGUUAACCAUCAUAUUAUAUACUAUCAUGUAAAUCAUAAAACACCUUGUUACUCGUUUUAAGAGAAUGUUGUAAAAAUGAUAAAACAUACAGACAAUAAAAACACCAUUGACAUUUA